AUGAAAGGAGGGAAAGGUACUAUUUACAAAGACAUGUUGUCAAAUGGAAGAAUCAUAGCUGUUAAAAAGUCUAAGGUUGUCGACGAGGGACAAGUUGAACAAUUCAUCAAUGAAGUCGUCAUUCUUUCACAAAUUGUCCAUAGGAAUAUAGUCAAGCUCUUAGGUUGUUGUCUAGAGACAGACGUUCCUAUGCUAAUAUACGAGUUCAUACCAAAUGGAACACUGUCUCAACAUAUUCAUGAUCCAAAUGAGGAGUUCCCAUUACCAUGGGAGAUGCGCUUUCGAAUUGCCACAGAAGUUGCCGGAGCUCUUUCCUACUUGCACCAAGCUGCUUCCAUACCCAUCUAUCAUCGAGACAUGAAGUCAACCAACAUACUCCUGGAUGAUAAAUACAAGGCAAAAGUUUCUGAUUUUGGAACUUCAACAUCAAUUGAUGUUGAUAAUACUCAUUUGACCACACGAGUACAAGGAACCUUUGGGUACUUGGAUCCAGAGUACUUUCAAUCUAGACAAUUUAUUGAUAAAAGUGAUGUCUACUUCUUUGGAGUUGUUAUUGUUGAGCUUUUAAUCGGGCAAAAACCAAUCUCUUCUAAUAGAUCUCAAGAAAGUAGGAGUUUAGUCACGUAUUUUAUGGAAUCAAUGCAGGAAAAUCGUCUACUUGAGAUUCUUGAUCCCCGAAUUCUCAAUAAGGGUCAGAGAGAAGAGAUUAUUGAUGUUGCUCACCUCGCAAGAAGAUGCCUAAACUUGAAUGGAAAGAAGAGGCCUACAAUGAAAGAUGUUGCUGCUGAGUUGGAAGGAAUUAGAAUAUCACAAAGAAGUUCGACGAUUCCCUAA